GUCCUAUUUCAGGAAUAAAAACAUAGAAGUCCUAUUUUGAUAUAUUUUCAAUGUUUUAGUCCUACUUUGGUCUUUCUUCCAAUAUUUAGGGACGGAAGGAGUAUUUUAAAAACAAAACAAACAAAAAAAAGAGAAUUGAGAAAUCACAUUCUGAAUUGGGGAUAAAAGCCAAAAGGACACUGUAUGAUUGUACUCCGUGUUUAUUUUCCACUGGGAAAUGUGAGUGAGUAGGUGAGUGACCUCCAUGGCUCCACCUCCACCAACCUUGUUCCACUGAAUGCAGGAGUUGUUGAGCUGAGUGCAGUUGAAAUGGUGGUGGCUGUCACAUUCCAAUCAUCAGCAUUCCCCAACAAGAUGAUGAUCUCUGCUCGCAAUCUCCUUUACCUUCUUCUUCUUCUCCUUCUGCUUAAAUCCCCAGAUUCCUCUUCCGGCCAAGAAUCUGGAAUCAUCUCCGAUGACAUUGUAAUCGGAAGAUCCGAUUUCCCCGAUCAAUUCGUCUUCGGCGCCUCCACCUCUGCUUACCAGGUUGAAGGAGGCUAUCUUGAAGAUGGUAAAGGGAUUAACAAUUGGGAUGCCUUUUUCAUUUCUAGAGGGAGAACGCAAGAUCGGACAAAUGGAGAUGUGGCAGAUGAUCACUACCAUCGUUACCCCGUACUGUUACUUCCUUUAGUUCCUUAUUCUUUUUUUCUUCUGAUUAAGGCAUUGUUUGGUACAGAAGGAAUGAUUCUCCAAGAUUUUCUUGUUUUCCUGACUUUGGUAGGCAAAAUAGGAAAAUAAUUUACCCUUUUUUUUGGUGGAAAUGAAAAUGAAUUUCCUCCGUACCAAACACUGCUUCGCUGUGUAUGAUUUGAAAUUUUCUUGCAUAUUUUUUGACAUUAUAGUCUCAUGAACAAUUAGUUUCAAAUAUGAGAUGUUUUUCAUCCUCUAUCGAUCCAUGCAUUUGAAACACAAAUGUGCUUAUAAUGUUACUCUCAGUUCAAGAAAAUAAAUUGAGAAAACAUAG